GGUCGCGGGAGAGGCCGCCGCUGCAGCGCCGCGCGGCCGCGCAGGUGUCGGUGUGGGACGGUGUGACCCCGCCCUCCAGCUGAGGCCACGCGCCCACCGCCGCCAUGGCCAGAGUGAAGCCCUCGUCCGUGGCGCCGACUCGGCUCGGCGGAGGUACAGAGUCGGACACAGAGUCCAACCACAGCCGAAAGACGACCAGCUCGCGAGUGUCGUCCACGCUGAUGAUGACCAUACAGUGCUGCCGCAUCAAUCCCGUCUCCAAGAUCGGCCGGCGCAUCUACAUCACACAGAUGCUGCUGCUGCCGUUCAUCCCGAUCGUGGCGCUGAUCGUGCAGAACAUUUACUCCAUGUCGGCGGUGGUCAUCUACCAGCGCGGCAUGCUCGAGGUCAAACACGCGAUUGAGGAGACGACCGACAUCGGCCUGCUGCUGACGGCGCUGCAGCUGGAGCGAUCCGAGGUGGCCUUCUACAUCUUCACCAACGGCAGCACGGCGCGCGACUUGGCCAACCUGCAGUCCUCCUCGGUGGUGCCCAACGCUAUCAACCUGGCCAAGAAGGAGAAGCAGCUGGAAACGAACAG